AUGACUGCACCUUCUAUCACUGUACCUUUUAUCACUGUACCUCUUAUCACUGCACUUAAUCACUGUACCUUUAUCACUGUACCUUCUAUCACUGUACCUCUUAUCACUGUACCUCUAUCACCGUACCUUGGUACCGUACCUUUUUGGUAUAAAAUUUUGGUACGCAUGGUAUCAGUACCUCUUGGUACCGUACCUUAUGGUACCGUAUUUUAUUAUUGUGGUCGCCUUGGUCGUCCGUCUUUUAUCACCGUAAUUCUUGGUACCGUACCUUGGUAUCGUGUCCUCUUGUUACCGCACCUUUGGUCCGACCUUUGUACCGCACCUUUUAUCACCUUCUUGUACCGUACCUUUAACAUCUGGUACCGUACCCUUAUCGUACUUCUUGGUACCGUACUUUUGUUAUUGUACCUCUUGUUACCGUAA